AUGGAACGCCACGAGUUGAACGAGAGUACGCGGGAGGAGGUGGAGGGCCUUCCUGCGCCGAUACCCGACCCGCUGGCUCCGCCCCUCGAAAUUGAGGCCUCAUACGAGGAGACAGCCCCGGCGGAGUCUUCGGCCCCCGCCGAUAGUUUGCGUCUGCCGCAGCUCGAAGAUCUUCCUGCGCCGCCGACCAGUCUCUCCUCGCCUCAAUUCGAGGACCUGAAGAACUUCUUCGCGAACUCCGAAACGCUCCAAAAGCUGCCCAGCAAGUGCCUGGAGAAGACGCAGGAGCUGUUCAACGAACCCUCUGUGCGGCAACUGCGCGAAGAGCUCUACCUGGCGCUGCCUGACAAAGUGAAGGAAGUCCACGCGGAAAUUACGGAUGCCUACGGAACUGGAGGCGUCAUCAAACUCAUUGAGAUCGCUUGCAGGCUCUCGAUUCCCGUGGUGCGCCAGCUGGCACAGAAGCUCGUCGACUGGUGCCGGUGGCUGGCAGACCACCGCGAGGAGAUUGCAAGCUCCGUGGCAGGCGGCUACCUCGCCGUCCGGAAUAUCAUCCUGCAGCUUCAGUACCGCCUGAUGACGGAGAUCAUGAGAAACGCGCAAACGCUGAACUUGCUCAACCUCGAGAAGCACGACGUACCGUACCCCUUCUCGCCGGCGGCUUCGGAAGGCUUUGGCAUCUCUCUUCUGGAAACCGCGAGCCAGCCGCCAGCGUCCUACGGGUUUCCCUCCUCCGGAUGCGCGUUCGAGUCGCGAACUUCGACUGCAACGUCCGCCACGAGCAACUACGACGACAGUGCGGAGGGCGCUGCUUCGCCGUCCGCCUCUCUGAAGAGCUCUCAAUCUGAGGAGGGUGCGCAGGGCGACUCGCAAGUUCUCCCGCAGGGCUUCCGCCUCAGUGCCUUCGUUCUUUUCCAGUUUUUUCGGCCGGAAGGAGCGCACACCCCCCCAGCGCUGGCUUCGCCGUUCUACACGUCGCAGUACCCGAUCGCCUUCCCUGCGGUCUCCGUGAUGCCGGUGAACGGAAACGCUCACAUUCUCCAGUAUAGCGCCAACUCCGCGAACCUGACGAUGCUCUCCACAGCGGAGACGACUGUGGGAAGCUACGCGCCGAUUCAAUACAGGGGCAUCCCGCCCUGCGUCAGCUACGGCCCGGCGCUGCUGAAGGACGCGGGCGUUUCUCGGGCGAGUUCGGCGGACGGGGGCAAGAGCGGCCUCCCCCACCAGCGCCUGGGUCACGACGAAGUCUUCAAGCCCCGCGUGGCGCCCCGCCCGACGCGCAAGGGAGCCACCGCCACCAGCAUCGUCACGUCGCGAACGAGCGAAAGUCUGGUGAUGUUUGACAUGAUGCCCAACUGA